AAAAACAACUCUAAUAUCAAUAAUAACUCAAACAACAUUGAUACUCCUUUGAAAAAGAAAAAAAGAUCACAAAACCUUAACUCAUCUUCAAAAAAAAAAUCAAUCUCAACAAUCACUUCCAAUAUUAAUCAAAUACCGCCUCCUGUUUUUCCAAAUCCUCAACAAUUGUUAUUACAGCAGCAGCUGCUGCUGCUGCAACAACAGCAACAGCCUCUGCAAUUUUCAACAACCCAAACAGUCCCAGCAUCUGGUUAUAAUUUAAUUCUGUUAAAUAACUCUCAAUCACAACCUCCUCAAUCUUUAACACUGCAAAGCUUUCAAGAACAAAAUAUCAAUCAAUCCCAAAAUCUGCAGCCUCUUUCUAUACACCAAAAUAUACAGCAAACUUUGCAACAAAAUUUACAGCAAAAUAUACAACAAAACAUACAGCAAAACUUAAAACAAUCCCUACAAACAAACGGUUUAUUAAUUCCUCAACCUACUCUAACAACUCCUUUAUCUUCAACUUCACUCACUCCAAAUUCAACUAUUACAGCAACUGCUACUUUACCUCCACAUUAUUUCCAACAAUUUCAGAUCCUGCAACAAUUUCAAAACUCAAACCAACAACAACAACAACAGCAACAGCAACAGCAACAGCAACAGCAGCAGCAACAAAAAUUAAUACAACAACAAUUUUUACAAAUACAAUUGCAACAACAACUUCAAUUACAGGCCCAGGUCGAGGUACAGGCACAAGUACAGGCACAAGUACAGGCACAGGCUGCUCAUGCACAAGCCCAAGCUCAAGCUCAGGCUGCUGUACAAGCUCAAGCAAAUGCUCAGUUCCAGGUAGCUCAGGCUCAUGCUCAAGUCAAUAAUGCUCAAGUUCAGAAUCAAUUAAAUUUAAAUUAUGCGCAUAACCAGCAGCUUCAACAACAACAAUUACCACAACAAAUUCUGCAGCAAAUGCAUAUAUCCAAUGAUACUAACAAAUUAAAAAGUCUAACACCACCAUCAUUAAAUCCAACUCCCAAUCUAACAAAUCUUGUUUUACCCUCAAGUAUUCCAAACAAUUUCAAUGAUAGUAAUGAUAAUAAUAUUAAAACUACCAACAACAAUAAUACUAAUAAGGAAAAUAACGAUAAUAGCAAAAUAAAUCAAAAAAAUGUUAAAAUUGAUGAAAAUAAGAACAUGAGUAACGAAGAAAUUAAUAAAACAAAGAAUAUAGCCAUUGGUGACAAUAAAGGAUCUAAUGAUAAUCAACUUUCUGCAUCCCAAAAAAAUAAUUUUGCAUCACCCCAGCCUGGUAACAACUUGACUUAUAGUCAGCAAAUUAUAAAGUUUUUGAGCAAGGAAACAAACGAAAUCCCACAGUUUCUAUUAAGCCCACCACUGGACUUCAAUGUAGAUGAUCCAAUAGAUUCUGAAGGUCAUACCACGUUACAUUGGGCUUGUGCUUUAGGUAAUACCAGAUUGGUGAAAAUUUUAAUAAAUAACAAAGCGAAUCCUAUAAAGCCAAACGUUUAUGGAUUGAAUCCACUUUCAAGGUUAAUUUCAUUUAAUAAUUGUUAUGAAAAAAGAGUAUUUAAAGAAAUAUUUUUGAAUCAUCUUAAAUGUUGUUUGGCUGUUGUUGAUCAAAAUAAUAGAUUGGUUUUACAUUAUAUAUCUGAUUUAUCAAAAUUUGAAAAUAAGUUUACAAGUUGUUUUUAUUAUUUCAAAGUAAUAUUUAAAGAAAUAAUAAAUGAAAAUAAUAUUAAGAAUAAUAUAAUAUUCCAAAAUUUAAAAUAUCAAUUGCAGCAAACUCAACCGAAUGUCAUUUUAAAUGAUUUGGAUGUUUACAACUCAAUAUUUUAUCAAAAUGCUAAAGAUUCUUUUCUAAAAUUUUUCUUGAAUCACAAGGACUUAAAAGGAGAUACACCGCUACACUUAGCAAUAUACGCUAAAAAUCCAACUUUGAUCAAAAUUUUAGUUGCAUAUGGAACUGAUUUAUUGCUAAAAAAUGCUAAAGGCGAGUUUCCAGAGAAAAUGAUUCAAGAUUUAAUAAUGAAUAAAGCUAUAAACUUGACAUUCGCUGAAUUGAAUCUUUUGAUAUUAAAUCCGGGAUUGAUUCGUUUUGAUGAUGAUGAAAAUUUCUUUCCCAAUGUUAAAAAUGAACCUCAGUUUGUUCAGAAUGAAACCCAAUUUGUUCAAAAUCAAGCUCUGUUAAUUCAAAAUCAAGCGCCAUUAAUUCAAAAUCAAGUCCCACUAAUUCAAAAUCAAAUCCCACUAAUUCAAAACCAACCUCCAUUAAUUCAAAAUCAAAUUCCGUUGGUCCAAAACGAACUAUCAGCUGCUAAUAAUAUUCUUAAAACCGAUGAACCUCAAAAAUUGAACGAUAACUCAGCUAAAGAGAAUCUUCCAAAUCCCGUUAUAAACAUUGCAACUAUUCCACAAGAUCAACCCAUGAAUCCAGUAACAGAGCUGAUUUUCAAAGAAAAUGAAUUUAGUUUGAUGGAUGAUAGUUUGGCAGAGUUGGCUCCAAUGAAGAAAAUAACGAUCAAUGAUUCAAAACCUCAAAAUAAUCAUACCAAUAGUAAUAGUGUUGUUGCAGAAAAGAAAAAGGAUUUAUUAGAAGUACCUACCAACAAAUUUCAUAAUUCAAAACCACCAAAGUCAAAGAAUGAAAAACAACUCGAUGAAAUUCCAGGAAUCAGCACAGUUUCCAAAGAUCGUAAAAAUAAUAUUAGCUUCAUCAAUAAUAGUAGAAAUUCAAGUUUUGAGUUUCCAAAAAUUAUCGAAGUUACAUAUUCUGAAAAGCAGAACAUCGAAAAUAAUGAAAAUUUAUCGUCUAAUGAAGAGAGUAAUCCAUUUUCUCCAUUGAAAAAAACAAAAUUAAAUGAUAAUACUGCACAAAAUAAGUAUUCAUUUACUUCAUUACAACCACCGGUUAAUAUCAGCAAGUCUAAAAAAAAUAAAUUUCUUGACAAAAAACAAUCUGUGACCUCUGUGGAAUCAACAAGCGUCAGGGAUAGAUUAUCUGCUUUGCAGAUAAAGCCAAUGAUUGGCAGCAUGUUUGAUUCAUUGUAUGAGUCUCAAGUUUCUCAAUUAGAAACGCAAGAUAAAGAAAUUGAAAAAUCUAAACAGUUUCUUGAUAUGAUUGGUGUUGAAAUUGAAACUAUUAAUAAUCAGCUUCAAAUGUAUUUGAGUACCAUUUAUGUUAAACCAAAUAGGGAUAUCAAUGUCAACAAAGAGAUUUUAUUCAAAGAAUCUACAGAUUUGGUAACAUUUGAGAAUGAACUAGAUAAUGAAGUUAGCGCCUUUGAAAAGCAGUUGGCAAUGCAAAAUUUUAAACUCAGUGCGAUACUAGAAAGGUCGCAAUGUAAAUUACUAGCAGAUUUAGUUAUGGUAGAAGAAUCAAAAUUAAUGGAAACAGAAAAUCAAGAUAAACAACAAACGAUAAAACUAACACCAGAUGCUCUGAGAACUCCAGUCAAGACCGAAAGGUUGCCCAUUGAGCAGAGUACUGUUAUUAAAACUAGACCAUUCAAAUUACCUUUACCAAACAAAGAAAAGAUCACAAAUGCUGAUAGUAUGAUGUAUGGGGGUUUGGCAAUCAAUAAUAGUUUAAAUGCUCAAAACUUUAACACAAUGACCCCCCAAAGAUCCAGUAGUCCGUUGAAAGUACCUUCUAGUUCAGCUACAAUUUCAACAUACUCUCCUUCAGUGAAUGAAAACAAUAAUAUGAGAGAAGAUUAUGAUAGUUUUGCUAAUAGACUUAAGUUGUCAAUUCAAUUAACAUUAUUGCAGAUAUCAAGAAGACAAAAGUUGCAGAAAAUCAUUAGUUUUAUAAAUGAAGGAAACAUAAGCAAUAAAAUGAAUUCUUACAGGAAAUUGAUAGCAACUGCAAGUGGCCUAGAGAUUGACACUAUUGAUGACUUAAUUGAUGGUAUUGAAGAGGUCCUAAUGGAAGAUAGUAACGAGGAUAAAAUGGAUAUAACUGGGAAAACCAACCAGGAAAAUUUGAUUCUUCGAGAUUCGGCUCUUGUUGAUGAUACUAAUUCUAAAUUAACUUAUAUUAAUCCAAUCAACUUCAGUAAUAAUGACGGGAGCGUUAUUCUGAAUAAUUCUAUGAAGAAUGUUGAAGAUAAUGACACUAAUAUGAAAGACAAUGAUUCAACUAUGAAUAAUAUGAUUGCAAAUGCUGAUUCAAGUACCAUUGAUGGACACUUGAUCAAAACUUGA